AAGUGUGAGUGCUUGCAUAUGUGUGUGUGUGUCCUUGUUGGGUGCGGUCAGGGCUUGAAUGCCAUCUCUCCUUCACUGUGUAUCCAGAUCUGAACUAAACACAACCCAAUUUUGGGUUUCUCUUCAAAGCCAGCUGGUCUGGCUUCAUUUCUUUCCCUUUCGCCUCUUUUUGGCCGGCUAAUUAACCAUCUUUGAAUCUUUUUUGUAUUUUCUGAAGCGAGCGGCCCGCAGCAGGUGCUGAAGGGUCCACCUUCCUGGAGAAGAGCGUAUUCGGACUGGUGCCAAACGAAGGGCCUGAAAGCCUCAAGACCCAUUUGAUGGAGACACAAAAGCAGUGAAGAUUCAGAGGGAAAAGACAGAAGUGUUGAACUGAAGGUUAUGAGCAAGUGAUUGGAACGAAAGCCGGAGUCUUUACAGUGAGAGGAACGAGUGAAGAGGAAAGACUGUGCUGAGGAACGACAGAGGAAGAAGAAGGAGACGAGUGUGGACUGUACUUUUGGAAGAGGAAGGAAAAAACAGACAGAAAGCAUGGGGAGGAAAAAGAUUCAGAUUGCGCGGAUAAUGGACGAACGCAACAGACAGGUUACGUUUACAAAGAGGAAGUUUGGACUGAUGAAGAAGGCCUACGAGCUGAGCGUAUUGUGUGACUGUGAGAUCGCCCUCAUCAUCUUCAACAGCACUAAUAAACUCUUCCAGUACGCCAGCACCGACAUGGACAAAGUUCUGCUGAAAUACACCGAGUACAACGAGCCACAUGAGAGUCGGACUAAUUCGGACAUCGUGGAGACGCUGAGGAAGAAGGGUCUAAACGGCUGUGACAGUCCUGAUAUCGAUGCUGAAGAUUCAGGCCACAGUCCAGAAUCUGAGGACAAAUAUCGCAAAAUCAACGAGGACAUUGACCUGAUGAUCAGCAGGCAGAGACUGUGUGCCAUCCCUCAGUCUAAUUACGACAUGCCCGUCUCCAUCCCCGUCAGCAACCCCAACAGCCUGAUCUACAGCCACCCAGGAGCGUCUCUGGGUAACCCAAACCUGCUGCCGUUGACCCACUCGUCCCUGCAGAGGAACAACAUGUCCCCUGGAGUCACCCACCGGCCCCCGAGUGCAGGAAACACAGGAGGUCUGAUGGCUGCAGAUCUGGGCAGCGGCGCGGGCACCAGCACUGGAAACGGCUACGGAAACCACCGCAACUCCCCUGGUCUGCUGGUCUCUCCAGGGAACAUGAGCAAGAACCUGCAGGCCAAAUCUCCUCCGUCUAUGAACAUGAGCCUGAGCCGCAAACCUGACCUGCGCGUGCUCAUCCCGCCCGGAGCCAAGAACACCAUGCCAUCAAUCAAUCAGCGAAUCAGCAGCUCUCAGUCAGCUCAGUCUCUCAGCACACCUGUGGUGUCUGUGGCCACGCCCACUCUACCUGGAGAAGUGAUGGGCGGAUACCCGUCUGCCAUCAAUACCUCAUAUGGGACAGAAUAUUCUCUGAGCAGUGGAGAUCUGUCCUCUCUGUCUGCGUUUAACAGCUCCGCGUCUCUUCAUCUGGGCUCCAUGACCGGCUGGCAGCAGAACAUGCAGCAUUCUGGCCUGGGGCAUCUGGGGAACUGCAGCAGUGCUCAGCUGUGCCAGAGCUCCGCCCUCUCUCUGCCGUCCAAUCAGAGCCUGCACAUUAAGUCGGAGCCGGUGUCUCCUCCGCGGGACCGGGCGAGCGGGACCCCGGGGCUGUACGGCGUCCCCCAGCAGACCCCGCUGCGGCAGGACUCAGGGCGCUCCCCGGUGGACAGUCUCAGCAGCUGCGGCAGCUCGUACGACGGCAGCGACCGCGACGAACACCGUGCAAACUUCCACUCGCCUGUGGGACUGAUGAGAGCGGCUGAAAAUGAGCGCCAGAGCCCGUCCGUCAAGCGCAUGCGUCUGUCUGAGGGCUGGGCGUCCUGAACACCACUGACAAACAGCCCUGUGAAAAAGUUUGCACCCCCCAUAUAUUGAGUUUCAAGCUUUUCCAUAUUCGGACACUAUGCAAAAAAAUAAAUAAAUAAAAUUGAUUGACCUUAUUCUUCAUAUUUGAGCAGACGUCCUGAACACUGCUAAAAAACGGCACUGUGAAAAAGUUUGCACCCCCCAUAAUAGUGAAUUUCAAGCUUUUCCAUAUUCGAACGUAAUACGUAAAAAUCUAUUGACAUUAUUGAUAUACGAGUGGGUGUCCUGAACACUGCUGAAAAACGUGAUAAAGUUUGCACCCCCAUACUGAAUUUCAAGCUUCUCUGUAUUCAGACGUAGUACAAACUUCAAGCUUUUCCAUAUUUAUUUCAUAUAUAUUCCGUACUUGGACGUAAUACAUCGAUUGACCUUAUUCUUCAUAUACAGGAAAGCAUCUUGAACACCACUGUGAAAAAGUUUGCACCCCCCAUAUAUUGAAUUUCAAGAUUUUUCAUAUUCAGAUGUAAUACAAAAAAAAUAAUCUAUUUACCUUAUUCAUAGAUGAGCAAGCAUCCUGAACAACGCUGAAAAGUUUGCACCCCCCAUAUUGAAUUUAAAGCUUUUCCGUAUUCGGACGUAAUGCAUAAAAAUCUAUUGAUCUUACUUAUUUACGAGCGGACAUCUUGAACACUGCUAAAAAAACGGCACUGUGAAAAAGUUUGCACCCCCAUAUUGAAUUUCAAGCUUUUCCGUAUUCGAACGUAAUGCAUAAAAGUCUAUUGAUCUUACUCAUUUACGAGCAGACGUCUUGAACAAUGCUGAAAAACAGCACUGUGAUAAAGUUUGCACCCCCCCCCCCCCAAUAUAUUUAAUUUCAAGCUUUUUCAUAUUGAGAUGUAAUACAUAUUGAUCUUAUUCAUAUAUGAGCAAGCAUCUUGAACAUUGCUGAGAAACGGCAUUGUGAAAAAGUUUGCACCCCCUAUAUUGAAUUUCAAGCUUUUCCAUAUUCAGACAUAAUAGGAAAAAAAAAAUUUAUUGACGUUAUACUUUAUACAAAGUGGGCGUCCUGAACACCACUGUGAAAAAGUUUGCACUCCUCAUAUAUUGAAUUUAUUGCUUUUUUCGUAUUCGAAUGUAAUACGAAAAAAAAAUUAUUGCCCUUACUUUUCAUAUAUGAGUAGGAAUAUUGCUGAAAAUGGGCACUGUGAAAAAGUUUGCACCCCCUAUAUUAAAUUUUAAGAUUUUCCGUAUUCGAACAUAGUACAAAUUUCAAGCUUUUCCAUAGUCAUUCUAUAUAUAUUCCGUAUUUGGACAUAAUACAGAAAAUCGAUUGACCUCAUUCUCCAUAUACAAGCAGGCAUCUUGAACACCACUGUGAAAAAGUUUGCACCCCCCAUAAAUUGAAUUCCAAGCUUUUUCACAUUACGUAAUACAAACAAAAAUCUAUUUAGCUUAUUAACAAUGCUGACAAACGGCACUGUGAUAAAGUUUGCACCCCCCCAUAUUGAAUUUUGAGCCUCACUGUAUUCUGGCGUAAUACAACAAAAAAUAAAUCUAUUGACCUUAUUCGUCAUAUACGAGGUGAUGUCCUGAACAAUGCUGAGAAAUGGCACUGUGAAAAAAAUUUGCACCCCCUAUAAAUUGGAUUUCAAGCUUUUUCAUAUUCAGACGUAAUGCAAAAAAAAAUCUGUUGAUCUUAUUGUUAAUCUAUGAGCAAGCGCCUUGAACAAUGCUGAAAAACGGCACUGUGAUAAAGUUUGCACCUCCCAUAUUUAAUUUCGAGCCUCACCGUAUUCAGACAUUAUACAACAAAACAAUCUAAUGACCUUAAUCUUCAUAUAUGUUGAGGCUUCAUAUAAAUGAGGCUUUUAUUUGAGUAUGGUGAUGUACAUCGUACUGAAACGGAAUAUUGAGUAGGGGGCGGAGCUUUCUUUUUGCACGUAAUUCCCUCAACUAACGGUAAAAGGGGCGUGGUUAAAAAUAUAGUGUCUGAAGUGCGGAAUGAACCGCCAACUAUUCCAGCACAUGUUUUUUUCACAGUGGAUGCCCUUCCAGCCACAAUCCAGUACUGGGAAACACCCAUACACACUCAUUCACACACACACACUCAUACACUACAGCCAAUUUAGUUUAUUCAAUUCACCUAUAGCGCUUGUGUUUGGAUUGUGGGGGAAACCGGAGCACCCGGAGGUAACCCACACCAACACGGGAACAUGCAAACUCCACACAGAAAUGCCAAAUGGUGCAGCUGGGACUCGAACCAGCGACAUUCUCUCAGUGCUAACCACUGAGCCACCGUGAAAAAGAUGGAAAUUCAUGAAAUUCAUUAUGUUUUUAUUUGUAUUUAUUUAUUUUUUGUGUUCAUGUUAGGAGUAUUUUAGAAAAUAUAUUAAUUUUCAUCAAUGCUAUAUACUGUCCUUCAUCUGAGGGUCUUAUAUCCCAAAUUUUAACACCUUUCCAUGGAUCAAAUCAUGCUUCAUGUCCUAAUAAUGUAAAAAAAUAAUCAGAAUUACACAGGGUGCACAAACUUAUUCACAAGACUGUAUGUGUGUUUAUUCUGCGGAGUGUGCGUGCUGCAUUAAAGUAUUACAAAUGAGAUAUAUAUAUCAGGUAUACGGGGCGGGGGGCGUGUUUGUGAUUUUGGAGUUUUUGGGGGGCGGGGCAAAAGGAUACGCAUCGCUUGUGCCACGUGUGGGGUAAAAAAAAAUAAAUAAAUAAAAAAUGUUAAAACUACACCUGACGCGUGUAUGUAUGCAUACAGGAUUUAAAAGAGAAGUCUGGUACUCUUGUUUGGUAAAGCUACUUUUUAGUUUCAGUAAUAUAUUAUGCGUAAUUAUUAUUAUUAACUAUUAAAAAGAGGCGUUGACGUGUCUCUCAGUAAUAAAUACCCGAUGCUCACUUGCAAAUGUGCAGUUGAAGUCAGAAUUAUUAGCCCUCCUGAAUAUUUAUUUCCCCAAUUUCUGUUUAACGGAGAGAUUUUUUUUCAACACAUUUCUAAACAUCAUAAACAUUUCUAAUCACUGAUUUCUUUUAUCUUUGCCAUGAUGAGAGCACAUAACAUUUGACUAGAUAUUGUUCAAGACACUAGGUAUCUAGGGAUGGCUGACGUGAAAAUGACGUUUGGAUACAGUGUCGAGAUCCCGAAGCACAAGUGUUUCGAAACACUGCAUCGAAACAUGAUCCGAAACAUUCAAAUCACAUGACUACGAUGGUUCGAAACACCAGGUCACGUGACUAAAGUGUUUUGAAACAACAAGGUCAAGUGACUAAGAUGGUUCGAAACACUAGGUCACGUGACUAAGAUGGUUCGAAACACUAGGUCACGUGACUAAGAUGAUUCGAAACACCCAGGUCACGUGACUAAGAUGAUUCGAAACACUCAGGUCACGUGACUAAGAUGAUUCGAAACACCCAGAUCAUGUGACUUAAGAGGAAUCGAAACACUCAGGUCACAUGACUAAGAUGAUUCGAAACACCCAGAUCAUGUGACUAAGAGGAAUCGAAACACUCAGGUCACGUGACUAAGAUGAUUCGAAGCACCCUGAUCAUGUGACUAAGAGGAAUCGAAACACUCAGGUCACAUGACUCUGAUGAUUCGAAACACCCAGAUCAUGUGACUAAGAGGAAUCGAAACACCCAGAUCAUGUGACUAAGAGGAAUCAAAACACUCAGGUCACAUGACUAAGGUGAUUCACCUUAGUCAUGGGACCUGCAUGUUUCGAAACCAUCAGGUCACAUGACCAAGAUGAUUUGAAACACCAAGGUCACGCAACUAAGAUGAUUCGAAACACCCAGGUCACGUGACUAAGAUGAUUCGAAACACUCAGGUCAUGUGACUAAGAUGAUUCGAAACAUCCAGGUCACAUGACUAAGAUGAUUUGAAACACCCAGGUCACAUGACUAAGAUGAUUUGAACCACCGGGUCAUGUGACUAAAGCGAUACAAAACAUUGGUCGUUUCAGAAGCGUUUCGAGACCUGGUGAAUCUGCGUUUGCCUGCCAGGAUCAUAGAUAAACCUCUAUAUCAUGUAGUCUAGUGGACCAUGCAUGUGCACAGAGUAACGCACGCUUCCCAUUCUUUGAAUGGGUGACAUCAAGCGUUGCAGAACUGAAUUGUGGAUCCGACGGCGCUGCUUCAGCGAUGUUGCUCGCUGCAGAAGUUGGAAAUUUGUCAACUUUUCAAGCGCCAACGGAAGCGUCAGCCAAUCAGAUCGCUUUAUGCAAAAAACCCAGCUUAGACAGUAGCCGAUUGCGGAUAAAUUUCAUUGGCUGACACUGCAAUGACAAUCACGUCAGCCCCAAGUUCAGACACGCCCUCUGUUAAGCAUUGAUCCUGAAGCCCCAUGUGAAUGUGCGGUAACAGUUCAAAUCUUGACUAUUUUAAUAAUUUUAAUUAAUGUGACUUUUUUAUGACCAAAACGAGACAUAUUUAUUCACAAAUGUUCAUUCGGAUGUCAGAUCAAUGUUAAAACAAAACACGUUACAAGAACAGAGCAUUUAAAAACGUCUAUAGCUGCAUUACCCUGGAUUUGAACGCAUUAUCUCUGCAUGCUAGUCUGAAACUGUCAUCGCUUCACUAAAUCACUUGAAACCUGAACUCUUCAUCAUGGGGUUUAAUACCUUAAUUUGUGGAACUGUUUAGUUUCUAAAGCUGUUCCAGAGCAAUACAUGAAAAUGACCACUAGGUGUCACUGUAGAGAUAGUUCAACACAUUUGCUUCGACUGUUUCAGUGUUUCACGAAGCCUCGCUUUCCCCACCAUACUAGUAUUCAUCUUAAAGUGACAUUUAAAGGCUUAACUAGGUUAAUUAGGGUAAAGUUAGGGUAAUUAGGCAAGUCAUUGUAUAACAGUGGUUUAUUCUGGAGACAAUCCAAAACUAAUAUUGCUUAAGGGGGGCUAAUAAUAUUGACCCUAAAAUAGAUUUAAAACAAUUAAAAACUGCUUUUAUUCUAGCCGAAAUAAAAUAAGACUUUCUCCAGAAGAAAAAAUAUUAAAGGAAAUACUGUGAAAAUUCCUGAAUCUGUUCAACAUCAUUUGGGAAAUAUUGCACAGGAGGGCGAAUGAUUUUGACUUCAACUGUAUGUGAUCACUGACGUCGUCGUGUUGCAGGUUCAACCUAUUUAUGUAAAUAGAGAACGCAGGAUUUGCAGGUUCUUGUUGGCGUUGGGAAUCGAUGAAAGCCCAGGUUUUUGACUUCAGAUAUACACCGAUUCUCUUGUAAAUGUUGUUGAUAUUUGCGAGCCGUGUUAACAACAUUUCUGUUCUCUGGGCCGUGUGUUUGCCUGUCCCCGGUGGAAGAGAUGUACAAUACAUUUUGCUUAUAUUUUCAUAAAAAAUGCAGAGCAUUUGUUGCGACCUGUUGACCACAUGAGUCCGAAUGUGAUUUUAGGCUUUGCCGAUGUUGAACAGAGAGGCGAAGCAGUGUGAGCUACGACAAAAUAAAAGCCAUAUAAACUUUCA